GGCACGCAGACACCCACCGGCACUCCUCCCGUGUCACGGAGCAGACAGCACACCUCUCCCGACCAAUAAUGUGAACAAAACAUCAGUCUGGAUCAGAUGUUGAAAAACUCCUCGUCGCCGCUUUCUUUUUGCCACUCCACACACGCACACGUCCACGCGCGCGCACGCACGCACUCCCCCAACGGGGCUCCGUCCAUCCAGCAGGCUCUCUCCGGUCCGGUGUGACAUGCGGCCAUGUCCCGCGCAGGAAUAUGCCCACGCGUGAACUCUCGCGGAGCUUUUGGGAUUUUUUCGCUGGCGCUCUUGCUGGCGGCGAGCGCGCUCGAGGUGGGCGCGUACAGCUGUCAUGAGGUGAGGGCCGCCUUCCAGAUGAGGCAGGUCGGCCCGCUGCACCGCGUCCCCGAGACACCUGGCACAGAUGUGGAUCUCUUGGUCUGCAAGCACCAGGGCCCAUCUUGCUGCACCCGCAAGAUGGAGGAAAGCUACCAGUUAGCAGUGAAGCGAGAAACCCUCCACAACAUUUACUCGUACAGUUAUGAGCUGAAGCACUUGAUUGCUGGCCACUCGGAUGCCUUCCAGGACAUGUUCCAGUACCUGUUAUCCUUCUCUCAAGGACAUCUGAGUUCUCUUCUGGAAGGGACCUACACCCCGCUUUCUCGUCAAGCCUUGCCCCACGUUAACCAACUCUUUGCCUCACUCUCCCUUUACCUCCGCGGGGCAAACGUGUCAGUGGAAGCGACAGUCCACCAUUUUUUCAAUAACCUCUUCCCCCUCGUCUACACCCGACUUAUCAAUCCGGGCAUCGUGGGCAGCGCGGCGGUGCGCACCGACAUGACGGACUGCCUCCGUAUGAUCCGACAGGAUGUCAAGCCUUUCGGGCCUCACCCUGCCGUCAUGGCCCAGGAGUUAGUCGACGCGAUGAGCGUGGGCCGACAAUUGGGCCUUUUCCUCGAGGAAGGUCUGGAGGUGCUUAAUGCCACUGAACACAUCAUCUUGACUAAAGACUGUGUGAAGGGCCUGGUCAAGAUGGUGUAUUGCUCCCACUGCAGAGGCCUGACCCUCAUCAAGCCCUGUGUGGGUUAUUGUCUCAAUGUUAUGCGCGGCUGCUUGGCCAGCAUAUCUGAGCUGGAUCAGCCUUGGAGGAGGUAUACCAACUUGUUGGAACAGCUCACCCACGCCAUGGUGGGGCACCACAGCCUGGAACUCGCACUGCUCGGAGCGCGGGGCCACGUGAACGAGGCCCUGCUCUAUGCACAGCUUCACGGUCCACUCAUCACAGCCACAGUAGACAAGGUGUGUGGCCUGACGACCGGGGCGCCUACCGGCACGCAGCCUACCGAACCGGGGGUCACGACCCCCAGCACGACGUCAUCAACUCCGCUUCCUUCUGCUACCCCUUUCAAACCUCGGUCAGACCAGUGGCUCGGCCAGCUGGCUCAUUUGAGGAGCUCGCCCCCACUGAAACCCUCCAAGGGCAAUAAACAUAGUCUGAGAACACUCUCUAGGGACUUCCUGAUGUACUUGCAGCGCUACAAGUCCUUCUACGCAGCCCUCCCGGAGAUGCUGUGUGAAGGGGAGAAUGUGGUGGAUGACGCCACAUGCUGGAGCGGAGAUGAUGUGGUGGAGAGUUACACCGGCACAGUGGUAGGAAACGGUCUGCACGCACAGAGACAGAAUCCAGAGGUCAAAGUUCGUACUGCUAACCCUUCACUCGCUGAAGUCAAGGAGAGGCUUGAAACCUUCAACCAGGAGACCCAGGAGAAAUUUCCAAAUCUGGGCCAGACUGAGGUCUGGGAGGAGCUGGGCAGCGGUGAGACGGAGGGUAGCGCCGCCGAUUGCGAUGAUGAAGAUGGAUGUCAAGCCUCAGGAGACAGUCAAGACACAACCUUAGACACAAAAGGCUCCAGUGAAGUUGGAUCCAGCGGGCCUAUAUUGGACGGUCCAAAGGAGAGCCCAGCCAAGCCCCCCUCGGUACGGGUGGUCGGUGGUUCCCCGUCUGGAAGCUGGCCGGGACCCUGCAGCCUCGCGCUGCUCCUCGCUGCUCUUUGCUCGCAAUGGACCCUGUUCUGAUGGCAACGUGACUCGUCUAUAAGAAACUGCAUACUGACUUUCACAUCCAACACGCGCGUCACUUAUAGACUCCUCCAUCUUGUUGGAUGACGGAGGAAAAGAGGAGAACUGCAAGAACGUCUUGUUCUGGAACUCGCCAAGCGUGCGUUUGCUAAAGCUGAUCCCAUGCAUACAAACGCGCACGCACGCCUCUUCAAACAAAAACCUUCCUGUUUCCCUUCGGCUCUUCUGUCCAUGAAGUGGGCACAACAUGCGUGCGGACAAACCCCAACACAGCCCCCCUACCCUUGACCAUUUAGAAGGGGACUGCAUCACGGUGAUCUUACAAAUUCUUCCACAUAUGCCAAUGCACCCCCGCCCCUACUUUUUAUGCUCCCAUUGCAAACCACUGUAACAUCUUCCACUCACGCAGAAGAGCUCAUUUGAAAACAUAUUUCCUGUGCGAGGAUUAUGGAAUGCAUGCUAGAUUGAUAAAUCGGUUCCAGACGCCCGAGCCAAAACGGCAGAUCCGAUAUCCUCUAACAGCUGUGUGUCUUGGCCCGGAUUAGAAUCUUACGCGUGCGCAGGUGAGCGCCCUCGCACAUGUGCAACUAGGUGUUUAUAGUAAGUGACUGUAUAUACGUGGAAUGAUCCGAGAGUACGAGGUUCAGAUUCGGCGUCGAGCUUGUCGAGACUGAUGGCGCUUUGUGAGCUGUUUAAAGGGAUUGUCCUCAUCUGCUCCGAAUAUACAGGGAUGUAUUUCCUAUGCAAAACUAAAAGCAGCGUUGGGUUCAAAGAAAGCCGCGAUGUCGUUUGAUUUUAUGAAAGUUUAGCGCACAUCCUCUUUUGUGUGCUGUAUUGUGGAACCGGACAUUCAGCCAUGAAGUAACCCUGCCAAAAAUGUUCUAUUGAACAUUUCUAAAGAAUUUUUAAAGAGCUAUAGAACUUUAGGACCCAACUCCUUCUUUGGAAAUUCUAUAGAAAAUCACAGCCAAAGUUCUAUAGAACAAGUUCCUGUGUACAAAUUCUAUAGAAUUCUAUGGAUUUCUGUAGAAUUUCUACAGAAAAUUUUCACCAGGGAAAAAGUAUUGAUAUAAACAGGGUCAAUGUUAAAAAAAAAAAUACUCAAAAUAUCUGACAGAUGCCGUGGAUCCUAAAGACCCCGUAAAGUGAAUUUAGGUUUGUUUCUGAAUUCAUUCUGUUUGAAGAUAAUUGCUGAAAACGUGCAAAAACCGAGAGCUAUUUAGUACCAGUAUUGAAUUGUGGAGGUAUAGUGUUACGGUAUUUUUCAGCAUUUCAGUUUCCUGGCAGAAGAGUGGGGGGGAAUAAGUCAAACAUGAUAGCCGGCGUGUGGACUGCUGGCGUGGCCGCUUUGAAGUGCCUCGUUGUCAGCUAUGAGUGGACAUAUUUUCCAAAUAGAAAACCAGACACACUAAGAGAGUGUGGGGAAAAUAAAUGUCUGACAGGACAGCCAGCAUGUGAGCAUGGGCUUUGCGCUGGCACAACAUCUUUAGAGCGCCUUAUUGUCUCCACAACAAGUCGGUUGGGUAAAUUCCAACCACCAGAGCCGUUAAACUGAUAUAUUUUCACAGCAAAACGUAGUUCUAUAUAAGCAUAGCGUAAGGCCUUUUUCCGCCACACAUGGCAAUGCGGCAUCAACAAACCCAUUCAUUGUGUAGGUGCUGAGGGGGGAGGGGCACGGAAUACCUCUACAGCAAGUGCAGAGGGGAUUUAAUGCGACAUGUUCUUGAAUAGGAAAAAACUAACCCCUAACGCAUGAUUGUCUGUGGUCUGUUAAGCUGUUUAUUUUCACUUUACAGGGACUUUAAACUUUCAUAAUGGUGUUCUUAAAGAUACAUUCACCACAAAGUAGGGCCCAGUCCACACUUGUCAUUUAUUUCCUAUAUCCAUUUUUUUCUCUUUACACGUACAAUUACAAUAACACUACAGGGCAGCCACAAUGGGUAUGUAAAUAAGAUUUUUUUUUUAAUUAAACUUACUGUUUAGUGGGCCUGAGCUGACAAGUAGGAAUAACCCCCUCCCCCACCACCCAUUGGUUACCUUCCACAACCCACCCUCACUCGCGAUAAGUGAAAAUGAAAUAGAAGUUUCCUAUUUAAAUACACCUGAGAUCCACUAUCUUCUUAAAACAUUUACCAUAAUUACAUUUCUUACGUCUUCAAAUGUACUUUAAAAACAAUGCAGACAUUUAUAAUACAUAUUGAAAAUGAUUCAUGUAUAAAUAUAUUGUACAACAGUAUUUAAGAAAAUCACAUUUUAUAACAUUUACAAAGCCGAAAAUACCAGGACUGUGAAAACUGAACGGCGGUAUUAACCCUAAUUUCGCGCCUACAAGCCGCAAGUUUUUUCACACGCUUUCAACCCUGCGGUUUAUGUGGUGAUGUGGACCUAGCAUUAGCACGGCGCUAGUGUUAGUGCAGUGCUAGCGUUAGUGCAGCUGGUUAUAAGCCUCAGUACACAGAGUUUAAAGCUAGCGCGUCGCUAGCGUUAGCUUUAAACUCUGUGUACCGAGGCUUAUAACCAGGUGUGCUCUGUAGGCCAGGAAUUACGGUACUGUGCCCCCAUUGAUUUAAAAGCGAGAAACUUCCACGCUACUCUCCUGGUCGCAGUCAGCCAUCAGUUUACUUAUUUCAUGACAGACACAUUUCUAAUGUUGCAGAUUUUGUCUAUGUUGUCGCUGUAGUUUAGAGUUUAGAUUUUACGUUUGUGUAGUUUGGGUAUGCACACCGAAGUGACUGUCAAAUCUUGAUGACAUUUAGCUCACAUUGACGGCGUAUACAGUAUUGGAUCUGUUCUUUUAUGCUUCAAUUUAGUUGGCAGAUAUUCCUUACUUUGGAUUCUGAUCCAUAUUUGUAAGAGGCCUGAUUCCGAUCGGAAGAUUUUCUGUUUACGCUGCCAUGACGCAUGUCCAAAUGUUGCCACUUUGGUGCGGGGAAAAAAAAAAUCUGAAUCGUCUCCAACCAUGUAGUGCAAAUCCUAACAGUGUCAAAAUACAUUAUAUGUUUUGUUGCUUCCAUUGCCAGAUUCAGCACGGUGGUAGCCAUUGUGCGAGCCCUUCUUAAUGAAUUCAUUGUGUGUUCUGUUCUAAUGCUGGAAAUGUUUUUUUCUUUCAGUCACGAUAAUAUUAAGGUCCCCCCCAUCCGCCCACCCUAAUGCCGAACGUUCCUCGCAAAUCCAGUAGAUUACAAGUAAAUCCGUAUUUGUCUCCCCGCGCAGAAGAAGCUGAACAAGCAAGCUGCACUGCUUACACAACGACCCUCAUCCUGCUUGCCUUCUUGUGUAAAUGUUGCCGCUGUUGUUGGAAGGUGACGCACGUGAUUUUAGUGAAUGUAUGCUCAACGAGAUGACGCCGAUACAGUAUUCAAGCUGGCAAUUUCUAAAAGAUGUAUAUGUACAUUUCAGCUCCGUGAGGUUGCUGUGGGUGUGAAACUCAGCUCUCGUGUCACUGGGAGAUGUCUUUUGUUUUGUCAAUGCAAAUUCUUUCCGCGUUCACUGAGACACGGAAAGAUAAGAGGCAAACGAUCAUUUAGAGGGUUGAAAAUGUGUCAAAUUUUGUUCUCGUCGCGAGCGUUUCAUUCUUUCCCCAUCUCCCACAGAACACUCACAGUUGUAUGUUGUCGCAUGUGUAUAAAUGUACAUAUUGUAGUAACUU